AUGAGUCUCCUCAACUCCAUUCUGUCGUCUAUCAACGGCGAUCAACCUGCUCCUCCCCGUUCACAAACACUUCCCUCCACCGCAAGAUCAAAUCCGCCGUCGCGAAAUCCUACUCCUCACCAAGUGCCACCGAAACGGAAAGCCGACGACGCUGCUAGCAACUCCAAACCAAAGGUCGCAAGAACCGAUACCAACACAUCACGAUUUGAACACAAUGCCUCUCUCGCUCAGCCCCCAUCACGCAGCACUACUUCCUCUCCAGCUCAAAGAACCGCAGUGCCGCCACCCAAGGCUGCCAUCCCAUACCGAGGCAGCGGUCCCUCCGCGAAAGUACAACCAACAACGACGAAACCCGCCACUGUUCAAUCCGCUCCUGUGAGGCCAUCUCCAGUUUCUACCGCUUCUUCGACGGCGCCUGCACCUGCUAAAGGAGGUUAUCUGGCUGUUCUGGAAGCCGCCAAGCAGAAUGCUGAAGCUGCCAAACUAGCUGGCCAAAUCAAGCAUAAACCGGUUGAGAAGCUCACNAAAAAGGAUCGCCAACGCCUUGUCGAGNNGGAAGCUCGUGCUGCGCAAAAGGGCAAACCACUGGCGAAGGACACAAAGGCCGGUCUGAAAGCUAGAGGCAAGAGUGCCGAGCCUUUGAUCGAUUCAAAGACUGGCGUGCCAGCCAAAGACAAGAGAAAGCCCGUCGAGGUCGCAUACAAGGGCACCAUGCGUUCAAAUGCCCCUGCGGCUCCCGUCUACCGUGGUACCAUGGGAGGUCCUGGAGGUGCUGCUGCUGCUCGUAAACCGCUCCCCAAAGCCCCAGCAUCCAGCAGGUCUGGCUAUGGCGCUGGUCGUCGCUACGCUUCAUAUUCUGAUGAGGAAGAGGAAGAUGAAGAUGAUGAGCCCGAAGAUGACUACGAAUCAGGAUCUGAUAUGGAGGCUGGCGUCGAUGAGAUGUACGAAGAAGAAGAAGCAUCUGCACGCAUUGCCAGGCGUGAAGAUGCUAUAGCCCUGGCCGAGGAGAAUGAACUCAAGCGCCAGAAGCUUGAGCGCAAACGCAAGCUGGAAGAACUCGCUUCGAAACAAAAGAAGCGCACUUAUUGA